UUUGCCAAGCCCAGCAAAGAGAUCUGGGAGAGGGAGGUCCCGUUUAGACGCAAAGUCCAGGACUCCGAAAGAGCUAUUUCCUGCAGCUCCUUGGGGACUGCCUUGUCUCACCCCGUCUGAGUUUGCUCUGAGGGAAUUUAGCAGCAAGACAGGAAGAAGAGGCUCUCCAGGAGGCCCGGGGGCCCACUCUGCUUAUCGCUCCCCACCCCCCCGCUGCACCUCCACUUCAAUGCCCCGCAGGUCGCGGGCUGCUGCUCUUCCGAAGGCGGCGGAGGACCACGGGCGCCCCAGUCACGGCUGACUCGGACCCGCGCCGGUGACGCCUGAUCCGCGCGCCCUUGGGCACCGACGCCCGUGCGCCCAGAGCGUCCCGGGGCGCUCCAGCCCGUUUCAGGCCCUCGAGAAGCAGCCCCGGCCGGGAUGGCCCCGGGCCGGGCGGUGGCUGGGCUCCUAUUGCUGGCGGCCGCGGGCAUCGGAGGCACGGCGGUGGGGCCCGGGCUCGCCUUUAGCGAGGAUGUGCUGAGCGUGUUCGGCGCGAAUCGGAGCCUGUCGGCGGCGCAGCUCGCGCGCCUGCUGGAGCAGCUGGGAGCCGCCCCCGAGGAGGGUGUCGCCGAGCCUGGGCAGCUGCACUUCAAUCAGUGUCUAUCAGCUGAAGAGAUCUUUUCCCUUCAUGGCUUUUCGAAUGCUACUCAGAUAAGCAGCUCCAACUUCUCUGUCAUCUGUCCAGCAGUCUUACAGCAACUGAACUUCCAUCCAUGUGGGGAUCGGCCCAAACACAAAACAAAACCAAGUAUUUCCGAAGUUUGGGGAUAUGGACUCCUGUCAGUGACAAUUAUUAAUCUGGCAUCUCUCCUCGGAUUAAUUUUGACUCCAUUGAUAAAGAAAUCUUAUUUCCCUAAGAUUUUGACCUUUUUCGUGGGUCUGGCUAUUGGGACUCUAUUUUCAAAUGCCAUUUUCCAGCUUAUUCCAGAGGCAUUUGGAUUCAAUCCCAAAAGUGACAACUAUGUUGAGAAGGCAAUUGCUGUGUUUGGUGGAUUUUACAUGCUUUUCUUUUUUGAAAGAGUGCUUAAGAUGUUAUUAAAGACAUAUGGUCAGAAUGAUCAUACCCACUUUAGAAAUGAUGACUUUGGUCCUUCUCAUGAGAAAACUCAUCAACCUAAAACGUUACCUGCCAUCAAUGGUGUGACGUGUUAUGCAAAUCCGGCUGUCACAGAGCCUAAUGGACACAUCCAUUUUGAUAAUGUCAGUGUGGUAUCUCUACAGGAUGGCAAAACGGAGUCAAGUUCGUGUACCUGUUUGAAGGGACCCAAACUGUCAAAAAUAGGAACAAUCGCCUGGAUGAUAACGCUCAGUGACGCCCUCCACAAUUUCAUAGAUGGCCUGGCGAUUGGGGCUUCCUGCACCUUGUCCCUUCUUCAGGGCCUCAGUACUUCUAUAGCAAUUCUGUGUGAAGAGUUUCCUCAUGAGUUAGGAGACUUCGUGAUCCUACUCAGCGCAGGAAUGAGCACUCGGCAAGCCUUGUUAUUCAAUUUCCUUUCGGCGUGUUCCUGCUAUGUCGGGCUAGCUUUUGGCAUUUUGGUGGGCAAUAAUUUUGCUCCAAAUAUUAUAUUUGCCCUUGCUGGAGGCAUGUUCCUCUAUAUUUCUCUGGCAGAUAUGUUUCCAGAGAUGAACGAUAUGCUGAGAGAAAAGAUAACUGGAAGAAAAACCGAUUUUACUUACUUCAUGAUUCAGAAUGCUGGAAUGUUAACUGGAUUCACAGCCAUUCUGCUCAUUACUUUGUAUGCGGGAGAAAUCGAAUUGGAGUAAUGGGAAAUGAAAGAUGGUGUUAUUAAUGAAGGCAUUUAAUAAAUAAAAACAUCUCCAAAGGGAUAUUUAAGCUGAUCCUAUUUAGUUCAAAGAUAAUCUUGUUUUCAACUGUAGGUCAAGAAAACUGAUUAUUGGUUUCAGAUCUGUUAAAUAGGCCAUUAUCUGUUGUGAAAAAUGCUUCAAAGUGUUUUCAGUUCCCGUCCAAAAAGGCUGGGACACGCGAUCUUUGGUCAAUACCCACUUCUUCCUCUUUCAUGCAUUCUGUGACCACUUAGACACCCAGACCCAGAGAAAAAUACGAGCUAGGUUGUAUAAGCCUUUAAACCUCCAUGGCAGGCUCAAAAGCUCACGCGGUUUCAGAGUGGUUUUCUUUCAGUUAAUUUGUUCCAGUGAUUUCACGACAAGUACAUUAAAAUGUGGAAGAGGAUUGACAUGUAUACAACACAGAUAGAAUGAUUGCAAGGCCUUAAUGAGCCAGGAAAGAAAGAUUGCUUACAGCUUCUGUUCUGUUUUAUGUACCCGUUAGGGACUCGUAGGAUUGUUUUAAAAACCAUCCUAAAAAAAUGUGAAUUAUGAUACCAGUAAAGUUUUGUCAGCCCUACUAAGUUCAGACUUUAUCUCACAUCUUAUCGCUAAGUGAAAGCUCUGCCAGAUCCCACACAAAUCCAGAAUUAAUUUUUUUAAAUGACUUAGGUUGCAAUCGCACCAAGGCACACGGCAGAAAGUGUGAGGCUGGGGCUGCUCGGCUUCAGGAUACCGUGCAUUUUUGCUUUGUGAAGGGAAAGACUAUGUUGGUUUAUAGAAAGAAACUGAAUGUAAUUUUAAGCAAUUUACUUUUAAAAAUAAACACAAUUAUUUAGCAGAGGAUAUUUUAAAUAAAUGCAAAAUAACAGGCAGACCACUGUAUGGCAAGGACUGAUUAACUAGAAAACACAUUCCUUAAUGGAUAAUUGAGAGCGAUCGGUAAAGACUUCUGUGUUCAGUCUACAUUUUUUCUAUAUGGCAUACCUUGAGGAAAACUUCCACACACCAUGGUUAUUUUUGUACCUCUUUUAGGUGAUAGGGCCUAUUUGCUCCCUUAGCAGCUAUAGAAAGCUGGUCUGCAGUUGAACAUCCUGACCCCAAUUCACACUCCCACGGCACUUCAGGGGAGAUGAUUGACAGUGAGGAAAGUGAUGGAUAAAAGCCAACAAUGACCUCAGGAAUCACAUUUUCCCACAGGCCAUACAGUGAUGUCACACAGCAACAAUGCAGAUUAGAUCAACGUUUAACACGUCUGUUAAUGUAGAAUUCACUUUAUGACUGACAAUUUAAAAAAUUCUUGUUUGACCAAAUAGUAAACACGUUUGAAGCCA